AACAGAGUACUCCAUCAUUGCUUGAAACUACAGUGAGGUUAAACAUAGAAAUGAAAUCUUCAACAUCGUUGCUUUUCAUUUUUGCCACUAUUAUCGUUGCUCCGGCCAUAGUUGACGCUCAAUGCACUACCAAUGCUGACUACUGCUGGAGCUGUAAUACUACUACUAAUGCCACCACCGCCUACAAACAAAACCUCAACACACUCCUCGUCUCUUUGUCUUCCAACAACCAAACCAACUACGGGUUCCUCAAUUUGUCUCUGGGAACUGGCACCAACAAAGUGAAUGUAAUUGCACUCUGUAGAGGAGACCUUGCCCAAGACCAGUGUCGUAGUUGUUACGGCGAAGCCAACAUCAUUCUCUCUCAGAAUUGCUCUAAUCAUCACGAAGCAAUCAUAUGGGCCCUGCGUUGCACUGUUCGAUACUCGAACAUCACCAUGUUCGGAAUCGAAGAAGACGAGCCCGCUCGGUUGUUGCCGAGCCCUAACAGUGCGUCAAACCCUGAAGAUUUCAAGCUGGUGCUUAAUCCCUUGUUGGAAACUUUGAGCCGAAAUGCAUCAUCGGGGGAUUCGAUGAAGAAAUUUGCAGCAGGACAUGCGCCUGUCCCUGCAGGAAGUGAAACAAAUCAAACCAUAUAUGCAAGUGCUCAGUGCAGUCCUGAUCUGGACAAGCAAAACUGCAGUGAGUGCCUUGAAGAUUCUAUUAAGGAUAUUCCUAAAUGUUGUGAAGGAAAGGAUGGAGGGAGGGUUCUUAAACCCAGCUGUACUCUGAGGUUUGAGGGAGGAAUGUUCUAUGAGCCUUCAGCUGAUUCGCUAAUAAACAUUUCUACAGCCACUCCGCCCCCUACAGCCACAGAAGGAAAUAAAACAAGUAACAUAACGAUAAAAGUAUCACCAUCAUCGUUCUUCCAAUUGCUAUUGUUAGUAUUAUGCUUAUCAUCAGCAUUGGUCUUGUUUUAGGACGAGAAGGAAGGGAAGGGCCAAACUUGGAAGUUUUAAUUUGUGCAGGUCUGUAUUUCUAUUUAUUUGGAUUUAGACCCUUGAGACAACUGAGAUAUCCUAUUGAAUUGGCCGGAAAUUGUAACUCUAUUUUUCUUUUCAAAUAAUAUGUACUAUGAUUUAUGUGCAUAUGCACAAAAAUACUUGCAUAUGCAUGCAGUCAUACAAAUUGCAAAUUUCUAUUUGAUCUCAUUUGUACUGA